AACGAACGCGUAGAGGGAUCGGGGCCAUCGGGGCUAACGUCAAUACGUUGCGUUUUUAGUUUAGCGCCAUUUUGUAUCACUUCUAUUACUUUUUCUUGUGAUUAAUAAUUAAUCUAGUAGGAUAAAUAUUGUUCUGAUCCGCGAAUAGAAAUGUUUUAUGUAUAGUAUAAUCUUAUGAAUUAAUUUUGCUAAUUUUGUAUUUGUAGAUCAGAGUUAAGGUACCAUUGUACCGGUACUGAAAUAAUUAUUUUUAUCUUUUGAUUUGUAUAAUAAUGUACACGGGUACUACAACAGAACAAGAUAAUCGCUUCAGCGAUAAAGAGAAGAAACUCUUGAAGCAGAUGAAGUUCAAUGACUGUUUAACUCAAAGGGUUGAUAUGACAAAAAUUAAACUUGAUGUUAUAAAGCCUUGGAUUCAAGAUAAAUUAACUGAAAUCUUGAAAAUCGAUGAUGAUGUAGUUAUCAAUUUUGUAUAUAACCAAUUAGAAGAGAAGUAUCCUGAUCCUAAGAAAAUACAGAUUAAUUUAACGGGAUUUUUGGAGAAGAAGAAUGCACGUGAAUUUAUGGCAGAAUUGUGGUCUUUACUUAUAUCUGCACAAGAAAACCCAACGGGCAUACCAGAAUCUUUAAUAAAUUUAAAGAGAGAGGAAUUGGCAAAGAAAAAGGAACAAGACGACAGAGAGCGAGAAACAAGAGAACGAGAACGUGAUCGCGAAAAGGAUAGAGACCGGGACAAGUCUGAAAAGGAAAAGAAGUAUCGUGAUCGGGACAGGUCCAGAUCUCGACGGUCAAGGUCCCGUUCGAGGGGACGUAGGAGGUCAUCGAGCAGGACGAAGAGAACCAGCAGAAGUAACGACCGAACGUCUAGAAGUAAAGAUCGUCGCUCGAAAAGCAAGGACAACGUCGUCCGGAGCAAGGAUCGAAAUUCGAGCAGUAAGGAGAGGAAGUCGAGGAGCAAGGAUUCGCGCAGUCGGGACCGCAAAUCCAGAAGUCGGGACAGUUGGGGCAACAGAGAUGGCCGCAACAGAAGAUCCGUGAGCAGGGACAGAAAGUCGAGAAGCAGAAGUAACAAUUCUAGGAGUCGGUCCAGGUCGCCGAAGAACCGCACUUCAAGGAACGGCAACGCUAGUCCUAGCGAACGCGAGAAUGGCACAGGCGAUUCGAAGCUCGAUGGAUCGAAAGCUAAUGAAGCGCCAGCAGGCCAACCAAUCUCAAAGUUGCAAGCCAAGCUGAUGUCAUUGGCGGAGCAUAACAGGUCGUCCAGGUCUCGGUCUCGUUCCAGGUCAAGGAGCCAGACAAAGUCCAGGACAUCGAGCCCAGUAUCUUUUAAAGGCAAAUCAAGGUCGCCGUCGAAGUCGAAGCCCAAAGACAAGAGGAAGUCUCGUUCCAGUUCCAGGGAUUCAAAAGACAACUUAGAACUGAAGAAGAAAGGGGACAGCGUGCAAAAGAAGCGGCACUAUAGGUCGAACAAGGACAGCAGCGACAGCGAAUCGGAAGGACGAAAGAAGCGAUCAAGGUCACGCAAGCGCAGCAGGGAUCCAAGUCCGAGGAGGAGGAGCUUAUCGCGCUCUAAGAGAUCAACAAGUAGAAAACGAAGCUUGUCGAGAAGACGUAGCAUAUCUAAGAGAAGGAGCAUCAGCCGGCGGAGAACAAGCCCAUCAAGAGGACGUAGGAGCAUUUCGCGUCGCAGGAGCCCUUCUAGACGCCGAAGUCCUCGAGGAAGGCGCAGCUAUAGUCGCAGGAGAAGCUUGAGCAGAAACAGGAGGCUGCAAAACAGCCGAGGUAGACGCAGCCCCAGAAGAAGAAGCAGAAGCAUGAGUAGACGACGCAGCCGUGAUCGGAGAAUUAGACGAAGUCGUAGUCGCAAUAGACCUUUCAGACGGUCCCCUAUUAGAAGAAGAAGUAGAUCAAGAGACAGACGGUCACGUUCGCGUAGGAGAUCCAGAGAUAGAGGAAGCAUAAGAAGAAGAAUAUCUAGAGAUAGAUCCCGUGAAAAAACACGGAAGCAUAGUCCUAGUCCCCCCAAAAGAGAGGAGCGCAAAGAAAACGAUUUAAGAAUUCGCAAAGCUUCGAGCCCGAGGAAGUUAGAAGAAAAAAAGCGCGAAGGGUCGGUUGUCGUUAAAUCUGACGAAUCUAAGAAACGCGAAUCUCAUAGAUUCGAAAUCGCUCCUGAAGAGAGGAGGGUUAUUACAAUGGUUGAAGCACAUACUGUUGUAGAACUCAAGAGCAAAGAUAUUGAACGUAAGAAAUCAAAGUCUAGAAGUGUUAGUCCACAGAAAAAUUAUCCUAUACCUCCAUAUGGUCCACCGCGAUACUCUAGAAGUCUUUCUAGAACACCCUCGCCAUUUAUUAAAGCAAAUGAAUUUCCGCCAAAAGGUAAAUUGAAUGUUAUUAAUGAAGAUAAAAGAAAAGUUCAGAAAGAAAAAUCUGAAAUCAAACCUAAAAAAAUAGUUAAAAAGAUAUCAAGAUCAGAAUCAGAAUCUAAUUCAAGUGAGUCAGAAAGCGAACGAGAAAAGGAGAAGAAACGUAAGCUUAAAAAGAGAAAAACCAAAAAACGUGAUUCAAGCUCUAGUGAUAGCGAUGAUGACGAUACUUCUUCAAAAAGUAAAAGGGGACGAACCAGCAGUACGGAGGUAGUAACUAAGAUCAAAAAAAUUAAAGAAAAAAAGAAGGAACGUGACAGUAGCGAUGACAGGAAAGCAAAGAAGCGUCGCCAAAGCUCGGAGUCUGAGGAAGAGAAAAAAACAAAAAGGAAACGUUCAGUCAGCCCGGAAAAAGCGCGAAAAUCGAAGAGAAAUGAUUCGAGCGAUAGUGAUGUUCCUAAAAAACCUAAGAAGAAAAAAGAGAGCUCAGAUGAAUCGGAAAAAGAAAAACCUCAAAAGAAAAAGAAGGAGUCAUCGUCUGACAGUGACGAAGAAACUGUCAAAAAGAAAAAGCAUAGGAAGAAAAAUAAAUCUGAUAGUGAUUCAGAGGAUGAAGUGGAGGCGAAACGACGAAAGAAGGACAAGAAACACAAGAAAAAGAAGAAGCAUUCGAAGAAGCACAAGAAACAUAAGAAGAAGAAGGUCGAGACCGAGGAUUCUGAAAGUGACGGGGACGUAGUUGUAGAAGAAGAAAAAAAGUUAAGAGAAAAGGCUCUAAAGUCGAUGAAGAGACAAAAUUCUAGUGAUAAAUCUGAUUAAAUAGUAAUGUAUGAUUUUUUAAGUGGUUUAUUAAAAUAUCGAUGAGAUAAAAAUGUCACUGUGUUUUCAGUUAGAUUUGUGGUGUCAUAAAAUAUACAUAGUGGAAAACGCCA